AUGAGUCAAAUAUCAGGACUGAGCACUAUAGCUCUAACAAACUUGGCUCCAAUUUCCAUUAAGAAAUCCAUUUCAAACUUCAACACUGUAACUCGCUCGAAUUUAUCAUUAACAGACAACAUUUCUAUCUCAAGCUCUCCUCGAGUUAUUGGCAUUGAAUCAGUUAAUUCAAAUAACUCAAACAACAACCGGCCUUUAUUGUUCGAUGAUUAUCCUGAUGGUGGUUUGGCAGCCUGGUUGGUCGUUUUAGGUUCAUUUUUUGGUUUGAUAGUCAAUUUUGGUCUUACAAACUCAUUGGGUGCCCUUGAAGCUUACAUCGCAAAACAUCAAUUAAAAAGUGUUGAUACCUCAACUGUUGGUUGGGUGUUUUCCAUCCAUUUAAUGGUCACUUUGAAUGGCAGUAUUUUAUCUGGCGAGUUAUUUGAUAAAAAUGGUCCUAGACUCCCAUUGAUUAUCGGUACAAUAUUAACAACUACUGGUCUCAUAUUAACAGGAAAUUCAGAAACCAUCUACCAAUUCAUUUUAUCAUUUGGUGUAGUUACUGCAUUAGGUGUUGCCAUUGGUAUUGCACCAUUGAUCGGAAUAAUAUCUCAUUAUUUUGAUAAAAGAAGAGGCAUGGCGACUUCAUUUGCAAGUAUUGGUGGUUCUGUUGGUGGUUGUAUUUUCCCCAUCAUAUUGAGAACUCUUUAUACUAAAGUUGGUUUCAUAUGGGCAAUGAGAAUUUUUGCUUUAAUUUGUUGCACUUGCUAUUUAAUUGCUUUAGCUUUAUUGAAACCAAGAAUCUCUCAUAAUGAAUUGAAACAAAUUUAUAGAAAAAACCCAGUUGAUAAUAAUCUUUCCAAAUCCACAAGGAAGUUAAUUUCUUUUUGGAAUUACUUGAAAGGAAGCUUUGAUUUCAGAUCUGCAAUUACUGAUCACAGAUUCAUGGCUUGUGUAAUGGGAAUUUUGUUUGCUGAAUCUGGCUUGACAACUGCUUCAACAUAUUUCGCAUCUUAUACGAUCCAUCAAGGCAUCAAUGAAAACACUGCGUAUUUCUUAAUUACUUUAGUUAAUUUGACUGGCAUAGGGGGCAGACUUGUUUGUGGCCUUUUAUCUGAUAAAUUGGGUAAAUUUAAUAUUAUGAUAAUAAUGGUUUUCUUAGCAGGCGUAUUCUGUCUUGUGAUUUGGUUACCAUUUGGAAAUAAGUUAAAUGGAUUAUAUUGCUUUGCAAGCUUUUAUGGCUUCUCUUCUGCUUCAGUUUUGAGUUUAACUCCAGUUUGCGUGGGCCAAAUAUCCAGGGUUGAAGAAUUUGGUAAAAGGUAUAGCACAAUGUACUUUUUUGUUUCAUUUGCUCAACUAGCUGCAAUUCCACUAGGUGGUUUGAUCAUUGGAAAGGGUUCAAAAUCUCAAUAUGAUUGGUUCGUUGUUUUCAUUAGUUUGCUUAUGUUAUGUGGUUCAUUAUUUUUCAUUUUAACACGAUAUUUUACAGUCAAACUAAAAUUCUGUAGAUUUUAA